GCAAGCCAGACCGGAGGGUCACUGGAUUGAGACUAAAUCAGCAGUCAAUGGAGAAAAUCAAGGAGGAGGUCAAAGCUUCCUUAAUGGAGGAAUUUGAACAGAAGUUAAAAGACGUAGAGAGCCAGGUCAGGGAGCAACUACUCUCCGUGAUGCAGCACAAUGGCGGUCUAAAAUUUCCGGAAGACUCCGACUUGUCCCAAACCCCCGGUUCUGAUCUACCACCACCAAUGUUGAAGGAGGCUACAUCAGAAAACAACAAGUCUAACGGGAAGAGCAAAGAAAAACUUGACAUUAGCGACCUUAAAUCAGGGGAGUCAGCCAGCAAUGUCAAAGGGCCUAUACUACAAGUUAGGGAAGACAUACUUGCAUCUGUUGGUAAGAAAAGUACUCUCUUGAAUUUGCAACAUGUCAUGGAGAGUCAUCCUGAGCUUUAUGGUGUCACGUCAGUUCACCUGGAUGCUAAGGUGUUCCACUUCGAAAAGGACGCCGAAACUUUUGUCACAGCAGAGGAUAUUACCCUAUUACUUAGAGGGGAAAGACUGAAUAUUUCCGUUGUUCAAGUCUUCAUGAUGUUUCUGAUUGACAAGUACAAAUCUUCAUUUGAUUUGUCACAUAUUGGGUUUCUUUGUCCCGAAAAAAUAGCAGCAUCAAAUGUCCGUCACCACCAUAAAGUCACCUCAAAGUACAUGAGCAACGUUUUCUUAUCCAGUAGGGAUAGGGGUGAUGCCGGAAACCAACUCAUAUUGGCCCCAUAUUUUGAAGAGGAGCACUGGAUGCUCAUCGUUAUUAACCUUACAUGCGGCAAAGCCUUCAAGUUUGAUUCCUCCAAGUCUGAAAAGGAGCAAUCUUUGACAAUAAAAGAUUGUUUGGAUAUGGCUUAUAAUGUCUAUGAGGUUCAAGGUAGGAAGGGGCGCAGCUCUAGACUCAAAUGGUUUUCUAUUAAGUGUGCUCAACAAACCGGGGGUGCUGAGGGUGGCUAUUAUGUCAUGAAAUUUAUGCAUGAGAUAGUCACAAUGUACAAUGACUGUCAAAAUAUGGAAAAGGAUUACCAAAGAGGAGAUGAUCCCUACAGUGAUAAGGAAAUCAAUGAGGUUCGAGAGCAAUGGGCAGUCUUUUUUGAAGACAAGUAUUUGUGAAAAACCUAUUUAGUUGGUAUUCUUGAUAACCUUCUGUAAAUAUCUUAAAUCUCAAGGUUAUAUGCUUUAGUUAACGUCUUUAUAUGUUCUACCAUGUGCUUACAUACUCCGUAAUCCAUGUAUGUGAUGUUGGUGAUGAUUCGUGUAACAUUUGAGAUGAUAUGUAUUGAUGUGGUGUUGGUGGUAUUUGAGAUUGAAAAGGUUGUGGUGGAGAUUUCUGGGUAUUAAUGUCUUGUGAUGACAGGUUUGCUGAAAUUUUCUUCUGGGUGGUCCAAGUACAGAGGAAUUUUGCUCAAAUUUUUCCCUCAAAUGUAGAGUUAAUGGUGGUGCUAGACUGCUACUAGACUUUCGUGGUUGUGGUGGUAUUUCAGGGGCCGGUGGUGGUGAAUUCUUGGAAGAUUUGUGGUUGUGACGUGGUGUGCUGUGGCACUCGUGGUAGGGGCUACUGCACUCGUGGUGGCACUCGGGUGAUGGCUGUUUUUAUAUUAUAAAACCAAAAGAAAAUAGGUAGUAUUUUCUGCGGCGUAGCCCUGUGGGCUGCAGGAAAAAUGUAAAAACUAGGCUUUUUUUCGCCACAGGCCUUAGUCCUUGCAUCCCCCUGGAGCAAGAAAAAGAAUCCUGGACUUGUUGCUGCCACUUAUACAGCUAGCCGAGCCCACAGAUAAAUUGUAUGCCUGGCGCAAUUGAUGUUUUUUCUAAUAGUGGUUCACCGUACACAGCUACGUCUGACUUCCUCCAUGUUCUGCUGUAGAUGGGAGCCUUGGAGAGACAUUACGGAAAACUCCCGGACUGCUCACUCAAAUUCUUCCCAGGAAUGCACUGAAUGGUAGUGACAUACUGGAUUCUGGGAUUUUUUACAUCAAUACCGUCAGAAGACUCGGAAUCAUACUUGUGUGUUUUUUCAGUUUUUACAUUCAUAGGCUUUUAAUGAGUUGUGAGUUGUGACUUCAGAACAGCAUUUGACCUAAGGUCUUUUUCUUCCUCUGAAAACUCUCUUUGACCCUUGUUUACUCGAAUUUGUUCAAGGAAUGCACUGCUCAGCUAUCUGCAUAGCCACCUUAGAA